AUGUCUCUCGUGUGCUUCAAGGCCCACGCGUACCCUGCAGCGUCUGCCUUGCUGCGCCAGCCUGCGUCGCUCUUCUCCUCGCCUCCGCCUCUUCUGCGCCUUCUGUCGGAGGUGACCAGGCGGCGCUGGCGCGUCGCGGGGCUCGUGAUCUCCGGGCGCAUUCACCGCGUUUUCCUCUGGCUGCUUCGCCGGGUACAACUCCUGCGUCGCCUGAAGGAGGCGGCGGCGCAGCUGGCGGUUCGCGUCAUUCUCCUCAAGCGCGUGGUUCUAGCGCCGCUGCGCAAGAAGGUCCAGAGGCGCGCCAGAGUCCGCCGGGGCUUCGGCGAGCUGCAGCGGCUUCUCCUCCGCAUGGGCCUCUCGCAGUGGAGACAGACGUGCAGGCGCUGGGCGCAGGCCGAGGCGUCGCUGGCGUCUCUCGCGGCGCGGAGGGGCCUCGAGAGCGAAUUCAGGUUGAGGCGCGAGGCGAGCGACGGCAGGAGAAAACUCGAGGAAGCGCGGAAACCGUCGCGUUCGGCGGAUAUCGCUGUUCCGGACGCGCGGAGCGCGGGAGACCGAAGACUCGCGCAAGAAGCAGCCGAUCUUCUGCGCCUGUCGAAGGAAACGUGGAAAUAUGCCUGGAAGGCAGAACUCUUCAACCUCACGGUGCCAAAGACGACAAAGUGGGACCGCCAACCUUUCCACUCUGAAACCAUGGUGCUCUUCAGUGGCGUCGGCCUGUUCUUGCUCGAACUGACGCUCGCGGAGAGCGGGCUGAGAGACGGCCCGGGGUGGCGACUCGCGGAAGAGGAGACCGCCGCGGAGCUCGUUGACGUCCGAUGCUCGCGAAUUCCCACAGGCUCCGGUUGCUCCCCCUCCGGGAAUCGGGGCCGUGUGGGACCCUGGCUCGCCUCGGCCCCUGGCACGGCCCACCACGCGUCUCCGCUGCAGCCAGCUCUUUCUUGUGUUGGCCAGCAUGCGCGCUAUCCCGAACUGUUUGUCGUUUCCGAUUCGCGGGCGCGGAUCUUUCUGCUGCCUGUGUCGGUCUCGUCUUUGUCCUCGCUCGCGAGUCCAGAGCGGGGCGACAUCGACCAGGCGUUUCGGCAGCCCGAGCCCGACGAUGCCGUUUCUUCUCUCUCGCCGACCUCGCCUCUAUCCGGCCUCUUUGAGGGCGACCGGCGCGAAGGAAAGAUCGCCUCGCUUGGUGUGCAGGGAGACGAGGAAGGCGAACCGUCCCUCAUGCUUCUGAUGCGUCCGACUGGCUCAGCGCCUUCGUCUCUCGGCCUCACACUGCUUUCGCCUUCGCCGUCUGCCGGUCCGGCGCGUGACACGUCCCCUCUCGCUCUGGAGGAGGCGCGAGCGCGGAGAAAGGCGGACCGCGCUCGCCUCCCGGAUCCGCCUUCGUCGUUCUGUCGGCCCUCGCGACUCGCGGGGAGAGAGGCAACCCGACAUCUGGAGCCUCUGGGAGAAGGCCGAACCGGCAUUGCUCUUCCCUCCUUGUCGGGUUCGUCUCUCCCGCGUUGCGACCCCUCAUCGGAUUCCGAAGACUCAAGUCUCCCCUCCUUGUACCGGUCCUCGUCUUUGGGCUCCUAUUCCGUCGCCUCCUCGGCGCCCGACCCGUCGAGGGGCCAGCCGUCAACGUCUCUACCCGCCCUGGUUCCUUCGGCGGUCUCCGCGCCUGCCUGCAUCGAAGCAGGAGCGGAGCUGAGUCUGAACGGCGCGAGAGGUCUAGACAGUCCGCUGGACGGCUCGGUAUCCCGGGGGCUUCGAAUGAAUAACGGCGCGUGCAGUCCGCCGUCUGGUCCACCCUUGAUGAAUCCAUAUCUCUCCAGGUUUCGCCGCCCGUCUCCGCUUCCCCCGUCCAUCUUUUCGGAGGCGGUCCUCAUCGGGAACAGGACAGAGGAUGCCGCGAACCACGCUCCUCGGGUUUUCUUCCCUUCCUCGGGUCCCGUCGCUCCCCUUCUCCUCCCUGGCGGCGCGUGCCAUCCGAGCGCAACCCCUCCAGGGCGCUGGGUUCCUGCUGAGCUCCUGCACUUCGCCGAGAGACAGCAGGAGAAACUCGAGCGGCAUCUGUCGCGAAGCAAAGGCCGGACGAGCCGAUCGAAAGACACGUCGAACGUCGAGGUGUCUGUGAGGACCCUCCGUGUCCAGUUCGCGUCGCCGAGCACGACGCACUACGUCCUCAUCCUCUGUCACGUCUCCGUUGUCGGAGGAAGGUCGGAGGGCCACGUCGGCGGCAUUCUCGCCCUCGUCCUGUUGAACCUGCUCACGCGCCUUCCGGAGGCCUGGGUGGAAAUCAUUCCCUCCGAACCGGACGUUGGCGUUCUCGCCAGAAAGCACAAAGACGCCCUUCCGGACCUGCUCUACACGCCGGCUGCGAAUCCUGCCUUUCCUGAGCAGACGCCCGCGGAAGAAAACGCGACGGCGAAGAGUGAAGGUUCAGAAAGGCAGGCGGAGGACGUGAUGGGCGGGACCGCAGAGGGUGCGGCGGGAGCGGCGCGAGCAAAACGGCGGCCGCCGCAGGACUCAACUCCUUUCUGCUGCUCACAUCCCCGCAUCAUCAGCACGACGAUCCUGGAGCCGAUCGAGGGUGGAAACAAAUGGCUCGUCGCCGGGCCGGGCGUUCUGGCGGUCGUGCACGUGCAGCUGCCGCACCAGCUGCUUGGGGAGGAAGAGGUGGGCGAUGGAGGCCGAGACUUCGAAGGGGAGACAGGCACGAGGAAGAGAACGACGAAGGAGCGAGGAGGAGUGCGAGAGAGAAGCGACGGCCGUGCAGGGAGAGAAUCCAUAAAGGGCUUGAUGGAAGUGCUGUGGAACUCGAAGGAGAUACAGGCUGUUGCGAACCUGUUUCCGCCUCUUUCCAUUGCGGACACAUGGAUCUCCGGGUGUAUGUACACGGCGUCUCCGCUGUCGUCGCUGCAAGAUAUCGGACCGCAUCACCCUCUGUUUUAUUUUGCCUCGGCGUUCUCACCGUCUGGCAGUCGAUUCCGGUCUUCGCUUCAAGAAGAUGUCCAGCAUCUUGUUCUUCUUUCCACCGCAGAAGGAGAGCUCGUUCUUCUGCGGUGGCUUGAGAAGAAGCAGACGCUUCAGCUUCUGGAACGGAAGCCUGUCCAGCGCUCUCCCCAGCAAUACUCAGUUCAGAAACGGUUCGUGCGCCUGAGUUACAACGUCGCAGAUGACGAUCAACAGUUUGUGGAGCAGGACGGAAACUCCUCUCUACAAACGGAUGACAGGUGUUGGACGCGGCUAACCGCCGGCAGGACUGUCUUGAGAGUGACCGCUCCUCAUCCUCACUUGGAGAAGCAGCGGAGGGACGGGGACUGCGGGAGACGCGACGAUUCGACAGAGCCUGAAAGAGGAGCAACUCGUCCCCCUGCCGGCCGAGGGGCAAAAAAAGUCCCUGUCAGUACGCGGUGGUGCGAAGACGUUGCUGCAAUCCGCAUGAGCGGGCGCCCCCUUCGACUCCUGGCGUUCUCACCGCUUGCUGGUGUGCAGGACACACUCGCUCUCAUUGUAAGCGCCAGUCCAAAAAGGCUUGGCCUUUCAUCAUGCAAGGUGUUCGAAAAUAGCGACUGCUAUUUUGUAGAUAAACGCAUACAUGGAAAAGUUCCUCGGUGA